UAUUAAAAUUUUAUUAUUAAAAUAAUAAAUUUUAUUGUAAAAAGGCAAAACAAAUUAUAAAAAAAAUUGAAAUAAAAGUAAAUAGAGAAAUAAAUAAUGGAAGUUUUAAAUUCUGAAUUGUCAUUUCAAAUAAAAUUUGAAAAGACUCAGACUGAAGAUUCAUUGAGUCUUGCAUUACGCGGUUUAAAUUUAAAAGAUAAAAAAUAUAAAAAACAAGAUUCAAAAAAUUCUUUAACUGUAAAAACUAACACGGAUGAUAAAAAAUCUUUAAAUAAUCAAAAUGAAUUACAAAUUUUUACAUUAAAAGAAGUCUCGAAACAUCAAUCAUAUGAAAGUUGUUGGAUUAUUUUGUAUGAUCGUGUCUAUGAUGUAACAAAAUUUCGUGAUUUGCAUCCCGGUGGACAGGAUAUUCUAUUUGAAAAUGCUGGUAGAGAUGCAACAUUCGCCUUCCAUGGAAUACAUUCAAAACUUGCUUUGUUAAUGUUAAAAGAUUAUCUUAUUGGAGAAUUACCGGAAAAAGAAAAAUUAUAUAGGAAAAGGAGUAGUCAUUCAAUUUCAUUAGAUAAUAUGCCCGAGUAAUAAUUAACUAAAUAAUUUUUUAAUCAAAAAAAAUAAAAAAAUUCUUGGAAUUUAAAAAAGAAUUCAUGAAUUAUCGUAUUUUUUUAAGUCUUUAAGUUGACGACAGACUUUUAUUCUUAAUUUAAAUAUAAAUUAUCUACAUAAUUUAAUUUAUAUAUAUAUAUAUAUAUAUAUAUAUACAUAUAAAUUUUGAAAAUGUUAAUCAUAAUCUAUAUGGA